AUGCCGUCCGCAAACGUGCCGUUCGACGGCGACUCCUUUAUAGUCGGUGGUCAGGAACCUGCGGCACCAGUACCUGAUAAACCUGCCCCAAGAAGUGUGAACGUGGUACGCCCCCUGGCACGUGCGCUCCCAGUUACUGUAGAUUCACGCACGGCACUGAACCCCAAGUUUUCUCGCGCGUUAGACUUUAAACUUCGCCGUUUGAAAGAAAAAGAACUUCUAGAGGCGAAUCUACGUCGUCCGGUAAGAUCGCGAAUCGCAAUGGGGGCGCUGGCUGCCUCCGAUUGCAACAUCUCCCAUAUCAGCCCGCGAGAAAGGGGCCUUCGGGAUAAGUCUAGGAAUCGAUCUCAUCCACAAAUAAACUCUAUUUCUUCAAGGGAGAGGACAAAAAUAUCACCUCGAACAGACGAUAGCCCGUCGCCAAAAAGCCGGCAUAAGAAGAAUGACUCGGAAAAGCCAAGAUUCAUCACCACGGUUAAAACUGGACAGUUUCUUCUGCCGCCACCACAGCUCGCGUACCUGUUAGGCCUGCAUACUCUUUAUCCUCCGCAAGAGAGGGAGAAGAUAGUCUACUCUUAUGCGAGUAAGCCGAAGGCCGUGUCGACGCGUUCUAAACGGUCUAUUCUAGAGAAAAAGGAGAAUAAAUUACCGAAUGGAAACCUAAACGCCAAUGCCUGCGGGAACCGAAUCAAUCAUGGUGAGGCAUUCCGGGGGGUUCGCGCGUUGAUCGCCAGUGUGGCCGGCAUGAAACAUGUGCUCGAAGAACGUGACCGCGCGUAUGUUCUCUUAUAUUUUUGCUUUAUAAUAUAUACUUAA